AUGCAGUUCACUCUCUCCACUGUUGUCCUCGCCUUUGCUGGCCUUGCCGCUGCCAUGCCAGCUGAGAACAUGAACAAUGGUCUCCAGCAGCAGCACGGUGCUCCUCGCUUCACCGUCCCCGACAGCAUGACCGUCGAGCAGGCUGCGGCCAAGUGUGGUGACCAGGCUCAGCUCUCUUGCUGCAACACCGCCACCUACGCCGGUGACACCACCGACAUCAACUCGGGCAUCCUUGCUGGCACCCUCUCCAACCUCGUCGGUAGCGGCUCUGGUGCCAAGGGUCUCGGUGUCUUCGACCAGUGCUCCAAGCUCGACGCCCAGAUUCCUAUCAUCGGUAUCGCUGUCCAGGACGCCCUCAACCAGCAGUGCAAGCAGAACAUCGCUUGCUGCGCGAACUCACCCUCCACCGCCAGCAACGACUUGGUCGGUGCCGGUCUUCCUUGCGUUGCCCUUGGCUCUAUUCUGUAA